UCCCCUCACCACCAUUUCUGAAAGCAUCUCAACCUCGCUUUUCCCUCCACCUUCAUCAUAUCACUAUUCUAAACCUACACACUCGAUUAACAUAUUAUAUUAGGUUCCGUUUAUGUAGCAUCGACAUCGGAGAAAACAACAUCGAGUUUCGGAGUAACAGAAUACGCCAUGCGAGAGGACGGAGACAGCAGCCACGUGCAUGUAAUCCCACCACUUCACAAUUUCACACCCCAUUUUUUACUCUCUAUCUUCGUAUGUGGACGACAAAAGAAUCACGGUGUCUUCCUAAUACUCAUCUUUUUUUCUUCAUGGUAACUGACUGAGUCACAUGUCUCUUCCAGAAACAUAUUAGAGGCAUAACUCAGUGGCCCACAUCCCCAUUUUGGUGUAACAUAUAAGGUAUUGUUCAGUGUCAUAGCUCUUUAAUUCACCUCCACACAAUCUCUUUCUGUUGUGUCUCUGGUAAUGGAAAAUUUCUCAGAAAUGGAAAGUGUGAUGGAAGAGCCCCUUCUUAGCAAGAAGAGUUCCAAUGCAAAGGGUGGCUUCAGAACCUUACCUUUCAUCAUAGCAAAUGAGGCCUUUGAGAGACUGGCCAGUCUUGGGUUAAUGCCUAACAUGAUAUUGUACUUGACAAGAGAGUAUGGCAUGCAAACUGCAGGAGCCACCAAUUUUCUCCUGCUAUGGUCUGCUGUCUCAAAUUUCACUCCAUUCAUUGGUGCUGUCCUUGCAGACUCCUAUGUGGGUCGAUAUUCCAUGAUUGCUUUUGGAUCUGUUGCAAGCUUACUGGGGAUGAUUCUUCUAUGGAUAACAACUUUGAUUCCUUUGUCAAAGCCACUUUGUAACCAAUUAACCGACAGCUGCGAUAACUCUCCAACAGCACUUCAAGUUUUGAUCUUGCAUUCUUCAUUUGCCCUAAUGUCCAUUGGAGCUGGGGGCAUAAGAUCAUCCUCCUUGGCCUUUGGUGUUGAUCAGUUGAGCAAGAGGGACAAAGAUGCAGGAAUCCAAGAGAGCUACUUCAGCUGGUACUAUGCUUCUGUUUCAAUGUCAUCACUAAUAGGUUUAACUGUUGUUGUCUACAUUCAAGAUUACAUGGGGUGGACAGUGGGAUUUGGAGUUCCCGCUAUCCUAAUGUUGAUAGCAACUCUAUCAUUUUUCUUAGCUUCUCCGUUUUAUGUAAUGGCGGAAGUUAAAAGGAACAUGCUAAGUGGUUUAGCACAGGUUCUUGUUGCCUCUUACAAAAACAGAUUUCUUCAGUCAUCGACCGAGAAUGGUACAUACUACCACCAAGAGAAGGGUUCUGAUCUCGUAAUGCCAACUGAAAACUUAAGGUUUCUGAACAAAGCAUGCAUAGUUAGAAAUCCCUCACAGGAUUUAACACCAGAGGGAAGAGCUAGGAAUCCAUGGAAUCUUUGCACAAUGGAGCAAGUGGAAGACCUGAAGGCACUGGUGAAGGUAGUUCCAAUAUGGUCAACAGGAAUCAUGAUGGGUGUGAACAUGAGUCAAGGUUCCUUUCUGGUACUAGAGGCAUCUUCCAUGGAUCGACACAUCACUUCAAAUUUUGAAAUUCCUGCAGGCUCUUUUGUGUCAUUUAUGAUUGUAUCUCUGGUCCUCUGGGUUGUAAUCUAUGAUCGCAUUUUAGUCCCUGUGGCAUCAAAGAUAAGAGGGUACCCGGUAAAGAUAGGAGCAAAGAAAAAGAUAGGAAUUGGUCUUUUUACAAGCUGCAUAUCAAUUGCAUCCCUUGCGAUUGUAGAGAGCAUCAGAAGAAAAAUUGCCAUCGAGCAAGGGUAUUCUGAUAAAGCAGAAGCUGUGGUGAAGAUGUCUGCUUUGUGGCUUUUGCCUCGCCAAAUCCUUAAUGGAUUGGCUGAGAGCUUAACUGUAAUAGGACAGAGUGAGUUUUUCCUCACUGAGCUACCUUCAUCUAUGUCUAGUCUUGCUUCCACUCUCAGUGGCCUUGGAUUAUCUGUUGCAAGUUUGGUAGCAAGUUUGAUUCUGAGUGUUGUGGACAGGGUUACUGGAGGUGGAGGACAUGAGAGUUGGGUUUCAAGCAACAUUAACAAGGGUCAUUAUGACACCUACUAUAGUUUAAUCUGUGCUUUGUGCCUUCUAAAUUCUGUAUAUUUUCUCUACUGUAGUAAAUCUUACGGUCCUUGUAAGGAUAGAAGAAAGUAGAAGUUUAGAUUUUUUAUGGUAUUGUAAUGAUAGAGGAAAAUAUAGCGCUUUAGAGGGAUAGAUGGUAGCGAGUCUACAUACAGCAUUGGCAUGAGAGUAUUUGCUUCGUGGGUUCUUGAUGUUGUAAAAGAACGUAAUCACUGCUUAGUGCAAGUUUUCACAAUGAUUAUUAGUGUUUGUUACAUGGUCUGUUCUGUAUCUAAUGCAUAUGCAGAAAAAAUUGAUAA